AUGAGGGAGAACCAGGGAGGACCAAAGAGGACCAGGGAGAACCAGAGAGAACCAGGGAGAACCAGGGAGGACCAAAGUGGACCAGGGAGAACCAGAGAGAACCAGGGAGGACGAGGGAGAACCAGGGAGGAUGAGGGAGAACCAGGGAGGAUGAGGGAGAACCAGAAGAGAACCAGGGAGAACCAGAGAACCAGAGAGAACCAGAGAGAACCGGGGAGAAGGAGGGAGAACCAGAGAGAACCAGGGAGAACCAGAGAGAACCGGGGAGAAGGAGGGAGAACCAGAGAGAACCAGGGAGAAGGAGGGAGAACCAGAGAGAACCAGAGAGAAGGAGGGAGAACCAGGGAGAACCAGAGAGAACCAGGGAGAAGGAGGAAGAACCAGAGAGAACCAGGGAGAAGGAGGGAGAACCAGGGAGAACCAGAGAGAACCAGGGAGAACCAGGGAGGACCAAAGAGGACCAGGAAGAACGAGGGAGAACGAGGGAGAACGAGGGAGAACCAGGGAGAAGGAGGGUGA